AUGUCCACUGUCCGAAAUUACGCUGGUCUUCCAGAUCUGGAUCCUGCACCUGAUAUCUAUGAGACUCCAGAGCUUACGGAAGACACAUCCACACACCCUACUGUUACCACCUUCCGCUCCGAAUCUCCUGCAUCCUCCUACCAUGAAGACGAAGACGAAGCCAGCGGGAUUGUGCGUCAUCGCCUAGAUGCAGACGAAGCUCGAACACAUUUCCUGCCGAUAGGAGAGCGCGACCCCCCAUCUUCAAGUCGAAUCAGCAGCAAACGGAGAUCUUAUCGAUCUUCUAGUAGGAAGAGGCCGAAAGAUGGGCUCGAGAUCAACGGCCUUAUCAAUGGAAUCGAGAUCUCCAGCGACGAGGAACCGGAGUCGUUGGAGAGGAAGCUCGCACGGCUACGAAAGGAAGUGGCCGAAGUCAAAGGAGAGUUCGCGCAAAGAAGGGCAAAGAAAGAGGAUGGAGCUUCCCAAGAGCCGCAGCAUGAAGCCGAGAACUUGGAUACUUUGGAUCAGAUCCUGGAGAGCGUAGACUCACCUGAUACUGACGGUGGUGCCGGCGCUGCGGGUCGCCUAACAAAGAGACUCGUGGCCACAACAAAACCAGUAGGGACCUCAGUGUACUCACAGGAUGGACCAGGGUCUCGGCCAGCGCAGCAGAACGCAGCCACCUCUACGUAUACAGUCACCUACGCACCCACCUAUCAAGAGGAACAUACGCUCUCCAAGGUAGCUGACUUUGAUUCGCGUUUGACAUUGAUCGAGGCUGCGUUAGGCCUCGAUGCCAUUCCGUUGCCUACACAGGACAGAUCACCCUUGAAAGCCGUUCUUCCAGCCCUGGAUACCUUGGAAAAGCAGUUGUCCACCCUCUCCAAUUCUACGGACACGUCGCUCGAUAAGGUCAGCCGAAAAGUAAGGCAAUUGACGCAAGAUGCGGAGAAGCUCGAGCAAUCCAGGAAAGCCGCGAAAGCAGUGCAAGAAGCUCUCAGUCCCUCGGGCGAAGAGUCUCCUUCGCUGAACGAUCCAGCGAAAGACGCGGACGUUCUUGAAUACGCUGAGCAAAGAUCGAAGAUUAAUGCACUCUACGGCACUCUAUCUACUAUCGAGUCGCUAGCGCCGCUAUUGCCGUCCGUGCUGGAUAGACUGAGGUCUCUGCGUUCAAUCCACGCUGAUGCUGCAACGGCAAGCCAAACUUUGGCAAAGCUGGAGAUGCAACAAGAGGAUACAAAGCAAGAGCUGCAAGGCUGGUGCGAAGGGUUGAAGAAAGUGGAAAAUGCAAUGAAGCAGGGAGAGCAAACGGUGAAGGGGAACACCGAGACCGUUGAAGGCUGGGUAAGGGAGUUGGAAGAGAGAAUGCGGAAGCUUCAUUCACACUUCAGGCUAAUGUCCAUCAUAUCAGACUCUGGUACUGUGCCGAAAACCGACUCUCGGCUUGGUAGCACCAUAGUACAUCAAACAGCAUGGCUUCGACCAGCAGCUUACUGGUGGCAAUCCAGACUUGUGAGUAGCAAGACUGUUUUCUUGCAUUUUCAUUUCUUGAAUUUACUGGAUGGCAAAAUUGUGGAUUCGCCUGUCACUCUGGGUCACAUCGACAAACUCCCAAAUGAGAUACUACACCAGAUCUUUCGGAGAGUUCCACGAAGAAUCCUGAAGCGCGUCCGACUGUGCUGCAGACGCUGGGCCAGCGUCAGCAUAGAGCACGUCUUUGAGCAGAUCUACUUUGCUUCCCGUUCUGAACCUAUCAGACAUUUCGAACACAUCGUCCGGGAUCCCCAUCUUGCUGAAUCUGUGAAACACCUGGUCUUCGACGACACUCAGCUACCGAAGAGGCUGCUCCAGCAAGAGCCACACUCCUCAGCACUGGCGGAACAUCGCAUGUGGUCUCGUUCUGAACAAGUCGCAGCACACGAUGCUUUUCGCCAGCGCUACCGCGAUCAGGAGCAAAUAAGGGCCACCUCAAAGGAUCUCACUGUACUCUUACGAGGACUACCCCAACUUUUGAGACUCAAAAAAGUAUCUGUCAUUGGAGGUCCCUCGCACCUUUACUGGCCUCCAAUUCCGGCGGGUCCUCACGCCCGAGACCUGGCUGAAACUGAGGUGGCUGCAUCAUACUGGUCUUAUCAUAAGGAGAAAAAGGCGUACUACGAACCGUGGGGCAGUCACCGCGUCCAGCAUCUUUUCCAGGCCCUUUUUUCCGCAGAAGUAUGCCUCACUGAAUUGCACAUCGGAAAUUGGCAGGGCCAUCCUAGACCACUGAAGAUGGGCUUGCCGUUGUCUUCGCUUGUGGCACCCAAUGCCAUAGACCAAGCGAGGUUCACGACGAAUGCUCAGAGCGUGUUCAGCCAUCUCACAGAACUCAAUCUGCAGAUUGAUCUGAACCCCAGAGUCAAGGGUCGCGAUUAUAGUGGAAAACAUCUUGAACCUCUUUUCCAGAUACUGUCAUCAAUGACCCGACUCAAACGCCUUACUUUCGGAGUGACUCAACGGAGAAUCGCCUUCGAUAUGCAUGACACUCAACGGCUGUUGAGCUAUACCUGGCCCGCUCUUGUAGCAAUGAAGCUUCGAUGCGUGCGCGUCGAUCCUGAUACACUGCUCAACUUCUUCGCCAGACAUAAGGAUACACUGACCACCCUUUUCCUCCAUCACGUUGGCUUCGAGCCGAAUACGUCGCAUACUUGGCUGGAUAUUGCGCAGCGAGCUGGGCAGCUGCUUCACUUGGACUAUGCGGCGCUUGACGUGUACGAGUGGGGUGAAGACUCUGAUAUCAGCGGUUGGCAAAUCAACAGUACUGAAACGGAUCUGCUAUGGAAACGCCCCAAGGUUUUGGCUGCGAAAACAAUGUAUGUGAUCGAUGUGGGGGAUGGUUAA